AUGGGGGAAGACACGGUCAAAUUCGGUUAUGCAGACGAUGUAGCCAUCCUGGCGGCCUCGAAGUCCUUGACCGACAACGUCAAACGAAUCACAUCGAGAGUGGACGAAAUUCUAAAAUGGGGCACCUCAGAGGGCAUCACCUUCGAACCCGAUCAAGACCCCAAUACAACCCCAACGGUCAAUAUAGGAAACCUGAUUAUUAAGGAACUCAACAACGGGAGGCCAUACCUCAGAUGGCUCGGCAUCCUCUUUGACAAAAAGCUGUCAUUUAAAUGGCAUGUGAGAGAACUCGUAGCGAAGGCGAUGACAGUAGCCAAAGCCCUCAAAUCCCUUGGAAACUCGAUGAGAGGAGUCCCUGCCAACCUACUCAGACAAGCAGCCGAAGUCUGCGUACUCAAGAAGGCGUACUACGGGGCCGAAACAUGGUGGCCUGGCAGAACCCGCCCGGGCAAAGAACACCGCACCAACAACGGUGUCGACAAUCACAUCAACCUCUUAGCCAAAGUGAUGCUUGAAUGUGCAAGAGCAAUCCUACCAGUGUGGAGGACCACCAACACAGCGACCCUCUACCGAGAAUCAGGCCUCAGACCUCCCGAGAUCGAGCUGGACAAUAUCGCUCUGACAGCCACAGUCAGGACAAGGAGGCUAGACCCAUACCACCCCCUUGCGUGGAGAUCAGAAUGGAUCCAAGAGAACCCAAACUCUUUCAAGUCUCGAUACGCUAGACGCAUCGCAUCCCUCCGACCAUCGGAGCAGAUCAACCCCCUGGCGGCCCCCAAGUGGACAGAAUCCGAGACAAGAGAAGAGGUUCUGGACCGUAUACACGGCCCCAAAAAUCGAACUAAAAGCACAACAGCGGUUGACUUUAACAAUUUCUACAACCUACUCCCCCGAGACGACAUCGUGAUCUUCUCAGACGGAUCGAAACAGGCAAACGGCAGCACGGGAUAUGGUUUCGUUGAAUAUCAAAACAACUACAAAAUCUGCGAAGGAAGCUUUGCAUUGGAAAAGAUGAAAGAAGUCUACAAUACAAAGGCAAUAGCAGCACUCGAGGGCCUUAGAGCAGCUAUAGUCUCGAUCGAAGCAAGAAUAGCAACGGAUAUAUGGAUAUGUCUCGACAACAUCGAAGUGGCGACUAGACUCCUCUCAAACUCUAUAGGAUCCUCCCAGAAGAUCUUCACAUCCUUUCGGCAAUUAGCGUCAAGCUGGCUCAACGGUACAGUACGCAUCCGAUGGGUCCCCGGACACAAAGAUAUAGCGGGAAACGAAGCUGCAAAUAAGGUAAUCAAGGCAAACGCAGCCCUUCCACAACCUAAAGGAGCCUACUCUUAUACAGGACUCAGAAGAGAGACUAAAGACCAUAGAUAA